UGUCUAGCUAGUAUUUUUUGCCUUUUUAUUUUUUUAAGGUAAUUCUCUGGUUCAUCUUUAGCUUAAAGUCACUCAUGGGAACAUUGUUCCAGAGACAGCAAGAAAGAGACAGACUCUAGAGCUAGAAAAAACUGAACUCAAAUUUUACUUCUACUAUUUGCUAGUUAGGUUGGUUGCUUGGAAAAAUUAUGUAACCUUUUUGGGUUUCCACUUCCUCACUGUGAGGUUUUAAGUAAAAUGAGGUAAUUUACAUAAAAUGCCUAGCAGUGUGUAGUUGCUCAGGAAAUGUUUGUUACUAAUGUCAGGCCCCUCUUUCUUUACAUAUCUGCUGUCCAAAGUCUGUAAUUUUAAAUCGAUCUUUUGCUUUAGUUUGGGGAUCGUUGUCUAAGAGUAUUUUUCUGUGAUCAAGAACAACUAAUUCAGUAACUGAGAAAUACUCUUUAUUCAGAAAACAAAAACAAAUCAUAAAUGUUUUCUCCGCUCUAAAAGUUUUCAUUUUCUGAAAUAUUUUGUGGACGGUGAGUGAUUGCUAAAUUGUUUUAUUAGACUGGCUUAUUUAAGGGAUUUCAUGUAAUGAUUGCAUGAAAGGGGAGUGGAGAAGUCCUGUAAUAGUCAUUUGCUGACACUGAACUGUUUAUGAAUUGUUUCCUUAUUCCUUAUGUUUAAAGCAAUUCUUUUCAACUUUAACAUUUUAUGAUCUCCCAAAAAUGUAUGCAGCAACAUUUGUGUUUAAAGGUGUAUCUUUUAACUGAUUAGUUUAGUUGGGUUUGUCUUGAAAAAGGACUGAAUUUUGUGAAUUUGAAUAAGUCGGUGACAGGAGGUCUUUAACAUUUUUUCUCUUUGAACAGAUGUCUUGGCCUGCAGUGACUCCAACUCCCACAAUCCUUCCAAUUUUCCCCUCUACUAAAUAAGUUUUUAAAAAGUGACAUUUUUAUUGUAAGUGAUUGACUUAAUUCAGGCAAACAUUGCAGCUGAGGGAAGACUUCAUUCCAGUGAGGAACACUUUGAAAAAGACUUGGUGAAGGAAGACUUUGUGACUGAAGACGACUUUUCUCAUAGGAAAACAAUCAGAGGCUGGACACUAUUAUACUGUAUUUGCUGUUUUUCCAGCAGCUUAGUUGAAGGAGAACUCUGCUGAUUUUUAUUUCCUGAUUCUUCUUUACUUCCUUCCUAUUUGCCAACUAAGACUUUUAUUUGGAGAACCCUGUUGUACUGAGCCUGAAGUCAUCUUUGACCUAUAACGAGAGCAUGCAUUUUCAAGUAUCAAUUAGACUUGAGGAUCAAUAAAGUUCUUCUAAAAGGUCAUCACUUUUGCUGACCCUGUCCAGUUUUCACAAUGUAUCAUUCCUUAUCUGAAACUAGCCAUCCUCUGCAGCCAGAAGAACAAGAAGUGGGCAUUGACCCCUUGUCAAGUUACUCAAACAAGACAGGAGGAGACUCAAAUAAAAAUGGAAGAAGAACAAGUUCUACUUUAGAUUCUGAUGGGACUUUUAAUUCCUAUAGGAAAGAAUGGGAAGAACUCUUUGUAAACAACAAUUACUUGGCAACAAUAAGGCAGAAGGGGAUUAAUGGGCAGCUGAGAAGCAGCAGGUUCCGCAGCAUUUGCUGGAAGCUAUUUCUUUGUGUUCUUCCUCAAGAUAAAAGUCAGUGGAUAAGUAAAAUUAAAGAAUUAAGAGCAUGGUAUAGCAACAUCAAAGAAAUACAUAUCACAAACCCGAGGAAGGUUGUUGGCCAGCAGGACUUGAUGAUCAAUAAUCCCCUUUCACAGGAUGAAGGGAGUCUUUGGAACAAAUUCUUCCAAGAUAAAGAACUUCGAUCGAUGAUUGAACAAGAUGUCACAAGAACGUUUCCUGAAAUGCAGUUUUUCCGACAAGAAAAUGUGAGGAAGAUUCUUACAGAUGUUCUUUUCUGUUAUGCUAGAGAAAACGAGCAGUUGCUUUAUAAACAGGGCAUGCACGAGCUGCUGGCGCCGGUAGUCUUCACCCUCCACUGCGACCGCCAGGCUUUUCUUCAUGCCAGUGAGUCUGCUCAGCCCAGUGAGGAAAUGAAAACUCUCUUGAACCCUGAGUACCUGGAACAUGAUGCUUAUGCAAUGUUCUCACAACUUAUGGAAACUGCUGAACCUUGGUUUUCUACUUUCGAGCAUGAUAGUCAAAAGGGGAAACAAACACUGCUGACUCCCAUUCCCUUUGCUAGACCACAGGACUUAGGGCCAACAAUUGCCAUUGUUACUAAAGUCAACCAGAUCCAGGAUCAUCUACUCAAGAAGCAUGAUAUUGAGCUUUACAUGCACUUGAACAGACUAGAAAUUGCACCACAGAUAUAUGGGUUACGGUGGGUACGGCUGCUGUUUGGGCGAGAGUUCCCCCUACAGGAUCUUCUCGUGGUCUGGGAUGCCUUGUUUGCAGAUGGCCUCAGCCUGGGUUUAGUCGAUUAUAUCUUCAUAGCCAUGUUGCUCUAUAUCCGAGAUGCUUUAAUCUCUAGUAACUACCAGACCUGCCUCGGCCUUCUGAUGCAUUACCCAGCCAUUGGGGAUGUACACUCACUGAUCCUUAAGGCUCUCUUCCUUCGAGAUCCAAAGAGAAAUCCAAGGCCAGUGACUUAUCAAUUCCAUCCAAAUUUAGAUUAUUACAAAGCACGGGGAGCAGACCUCAUGAAUAAAAGCCGGACCAAUGCCAAAGGCGGCACUCCCCUGAAUAUAAAUAAGGUCUCUAAUAGCCUGAUUAAUUUUGGAAGGAAGUUGAUUUCUCCAGCAACAGCCCCAGGCAGUGCCGGUGGCCCUGUAUCUGGAGGCAGUGGUGGCAGUUCCUCCACUGCUGUGGUUCCCACCAGGACCUUAGCAGAGGUGCCCAGGCAUCAUUUGCAGCAGCAGCAGCAGCAGCAGCAACAGCAGCAGCAGCAGCAGCAGCAGCAGCAGAGGCUGAUGAAAUCAGAAAGCAUGCCAGUGCAACUGAACAAAGGUGAUGUAGUUACAGGAAGCAGUGCUCAGGUUUCUGUUCCUGCCCAGACCCUAACUGACCUCCAAGGACAAAGUUCUAAAAACAUCAGUUCAUCUCCAAGCAUCGAGAGCUUGCCUGGAGGGAGAGAAUUCACUGGCUCCCCACCUUUGUCUGCUACUAAAAAGGAUUCCUUCUUCAGCAACAUCUCCCGUUCCCGCUCUCACAGCAAAACUAUGGGCAGAAAAGAAUCUGAAGAAGAAUUAGAAGCCCAAAUUUCCUUCCUUCAAGGACAGUUGAAUGACCUGGAUGCCAUGUGCAAAUACUGUGCGAAGGUGAUGGACACUCAUCUUGUAAAUAUUCAAGAUGUGAUAUUACAAGAAAAUUUGGAAAAAGAAGAUCAAAUUCUGGUUUCCCUGGCAGGAUUAAAGCAGAUCAAAGACAUUCUAAAAGGUUCCCUGCGUUUCAACCAGAGCCAGCUGGAAGCCGAGGAGAACGAGCAGCUCACCAUCGCCGAUGACCACUACUGCUCCAGCGGCCAGGGCCAGGGCCAGGGCCAGGGCGACCGGGGGCCCGGGGCCACCAAGCAGGCCCCUUCGGAAGCGCCUGGGCACGCAGAUGGAGGGAGCUCAGAGGACUUCAUCCUAGUUUCCAAAGAAGACGAAGGAGGCGGUGCCAGGGCGUCUUUCCCUGGCCAGGCCCAACCUCUUCGCACCCUCCGGAGCACAGCUGGGAAGGGCGAGGGCCUGGCCCGCUUCCCGCUGGUCUUCUCUGACCCGCUGAUGGGCCCAGCCUCAGCAUCCUCCAGCAACCCCAGCUCCAGCCCUGACGAUGACAGCAGCGGCAACAGCAAGGACUCCGGCUUCACCAUCGUGAGCCCCUUGGACAUCUGACCACAGAGGCCAGGCCAUCCCCCUCAGCAGCCUUGGGGCCCAGCGGAGACCCUCGGAAACCAGCGCUUCUUUCCCAGCAUGUAUGUGGCAUUGGAGCCACCCACCAGAACCCUUUAGAGAAAAGCAAAUGUGCCACAGAGCACAGACUGAUGGUCACCAAGAUGCAGACGGGCUUUCAAGCCCUUCCCUAACCCCUGCGCCCUCUCUCUGAGGUAGAGCUGGAUUAAGUCCCAGUUUCACCCCGUGAGAAAAGACCAGACCACCAUUGGAGUGACUUCUCUGUCCUCUGCUCCCCUGCUAAGGUGUGGCAGCUCCAUCAUUGUAUCUAGAAGAAGGAAGAAGGGUUGGUUUCAGAUCUUUCCUCCCCCAGAGCAUCAGGCAUAGGAAAAUUGAUUGAUACCAAGAACACUUCUCUCUGGGAACCUGUAUCUCAGCCGAUUUCAUUUCUCCCUCGGGAAGUCACUGCAAAGCCCAGUGCAGCAGGAGGGACUGGUGGACUCCAGGGUUGGAGAAAAUCCAUUGCUGACCUCUCAGAAAGUUUCAUGACCUUUAGAAACGGGUCUGAACUUAGGCCUCAGUUAGGUGUGGUGGGUUUGGGUUUUCUCGUUUGUUAAAGGGUACAUUUCCAGGCCUUAGGCCAGGUCGCUCUUCCAUUCCUGCCCCUCCUCAAACAAUCAUGUUUCACCUGUUAGGACCAUUCACGCUGGGAAACAAGGUCACUGUACGCAGACCUUGCCUGGGGUGACAGGUUCUUUGGGCUGCUUCUCUGAGAUGGGGGACCUCUGGGCAGCGAGCGGAAGCUCUCAUGGCAACAGGUGAAAAGCUACAUGUGAAAGAACAGACCCUGUUCUGUCCUGCCUCUGCUGGCCAUGAAUUCCUCUCUAGACAAACAUGAUAAUGACAGGCCCUCCCCUCUUUCUCCAAGAAAAUGGUGAUGACUCGAGAGUCAGCUACUGAGCGGUCCUAAUUGGCUCUGCAAUUAGUUCUUAAACUGCAGCAGGGAAACCUCCUAACACAUCGGCAUGUGAGAUGAAUGAUAGCUCCAGUUUUAUCAGAUGUGUGGACUAGCUCUGGCCCGACUCUUGAGUGGUCAGCUCUGCACCCUGCUGGGGUGACUCACUGAGGAGGUUGCUACAGGUAUAUGUCCCCUUGAUGAUGAUUCAUGAGCUCCCAAGGUCCUUACAGUGAGGGGCCCUGCAGCUGUGCAAGGGUUGUCAUUACUUUCUCUCAAAGGCCCUGGCUUAGGAAGGUUCUAGAAGCAUGGAGCUGUCCUCGCCAGAGCUCCAGGACAGAAACUGGAAGGGCCAUGGCGCCAGCUGUCUCCUGGUGGCAGAGCCACAAUCCUCCACUCCUUUCAGCAUUUCUUCUACCCUGAGAGCCAGAGAAACGAUAGUAGAGUGUCACCGGCCCCACAGCAGCCACCAGACAUUCGGCCCUCGGACAGGCUCUAGGCUGCUCCCAGUGUGAAGGUCAUUGAGGCCUCCUGCCCUGCCAGCACGCAGUGUGGGCCCUUCACUCUGUGCUUCCCUGUCGGUGCCACGGGAGAACCAAUCGGGUCCUCAGGGGUACUGCUGCUGUGGCCCCCCAACAGGCUGCUCACACCUCAGAGGGAAGAAACUCACAGGGGGGAAGGGGACCCGCAGACGUAGCCACCCUCCAACUCCCAUAGGUCUAUGGGGUAUGGGGUUUGAAUUACUGUCUUGUCUUUUUUAAGUGACUUGUUUUUAUUCCUCAUAAUUGAGCAUCAUUUGCAUUUUUAUUAGUUACAGUGCUAUUAAAGAAUUUAUGUUCCUUUUUACUUUAUCAGGUACUUGUGUGUAAUGGCGCAAUUUUAAAAUCCCAAAUAUAUAUUUUUUCUUUAGCAAAUGUAAUCAUUGGAAACCUCUUUGUUUUGAUUAGUAGGAGUUAAAUUUUAUUUACGUAAAGCUUAGAUUAA